CUCUAUUUUAAGUAAUACUCAAGAGGCUUCAACUAUUAAUAUCAGAAUUCAAGUAACGAUGGAUAGUGAUUAUUUAAACCAAAUAGAUAUCUUAAAGAUUUCUUUGUCUAACCUUGUAAUCAAUUAUUCCAAACAAUUACAAACUAUUCAAGCUAAAAAUAAUAGAAUUUCUGAAUUAGAACACGAAUGUGAAUAUUUUAAAAAACAAAUUGCUAAGCUUAAUACUAAAUUAGAAAAUUUAAAUUUAUAUCAAAAUCAAGUUGAAAUAUUAAAAAUAGAAAAAAGUAAAUUAGAAUAUAAAAAUGUAUACUUAAAUAAACAAAGGGAUGAGCAAUAUAAUACUCAACAAAAGC